AUGCAGACUCAAAGGUGCAAACUGCCAGACGCCGUCCAUCCGUCCAUCCUGGAUGUCCUCAGACGCGGGCAUUGUCAACACAAGGACUGCUUCGUCGACAACGACGCAGCCAUCAGCAACUUCUUUGUCCACAAGAACAGGCUGCAUAGGACCUACCUCCGUCGUCCAACCCAUGCAAACAAAGCGGCAUUUGUUCUAUGCCACCACCUUCUUCACCAACGAUUACAAGAAAUUCUCGACGCCCACAAGACCGAAAAGGACCAGGUAUAUGCCGACCGCAACGAAACAAAGAAUUUCUUCCGUGCCAUCAAGACCAUCUACGACAAAAGGAACCACGCCGCCUAUCACCUAUCAUGGAUCAAAGUUUCGAACAGGAAAAUCGCGCAUUCUGAAGUGCUGCGCCCAGCAAUAAAGAAACUGCCUCAACUCUCCCUCCAUAAUUUACCACCCCGCCAUCGACCGACCCCACCCAAGUGCAAAUCAGACUCCACCUGGAUCUCCCGCCCUCCCUCCCUCCCAGAAACCAUCUGCCCCUUACAACAACUCUCCGGCGGGAAAGCACCUGGCUCCGAUGUGAGCCCAAAUCAAAUCUACAGGCACAGAGGCCAACCACUCACGCAUCACUUCCAGCAGAUGUAA